CCAAACGGAGGCGAAAACUCAGAGAUUCAUCAGGCCGCGCAAGUAACACUUGAAUUGAAACACCAACCACCGGUUAUAAUCGCAAACGCACAAAGCUGAGUGCGGCUUUCGUUUCGAAACUCCUCUCACUUCCUCCAAAAUCCGCAAAAUGAUCUCCACCAUCCACAACCACAACCACAACCACCCAUCUCUAUCAGAUUCCGAACCCGAUUCCGACACCAGCCCCACCGCCGCCGGAGCCGAAGGCGGUCUCCGGCACAACGACCUCUCCGACACCAUCUUCAGAUCCUACAUCGAGCUCACCGGCCACUCCUCUCCAGACCUCUCCAAGAUCCAAUCUUUUUUAACCUCAUCUCGCUCCGGAGCCCUCUCCUGCCUCAUAUGCCUCGAGCGCAUUCGCCUCUCCGAUCCCACCUGGUCCUGCUCCUCCCGUUGCUUCGCCGUCUUCCACCUCCUCUGCAUCCAGAGCUGGGCCCGCCAGUCCUCCGACCUCUCCGCCUCACGCGCCACCUCUCGUCUUCCCAUCUCCGCCUCCAAAGCCGCCGAGGACUCCAUCUGGAACUGCCCCAAAUGCCGCAUCGACUACCCCAAAACCCUAAUUCCCAGAAAAUACCUCUGUUUCUGUCAGAAACUCGAAGAUCCACCUAGCGAUCCCUGGAUUUUACCCCAUUCGUGCGGCGAGGUUUGUAAUCGGCCGUUGAAGCACAAUUGCGGUCAUUACUGUUUGCUUCUUUGUCAUCCCGGUCCUUGCCCCUCGUGCCCUAAGCUCGUGAAAUCCCAUUGCUUUUGCGGCGCUGUCGAGGAUGUUCGGCGAUGCGGGUUCAAGAACUUCUCGUGCAAUGGCGUAUGUUCGAAAUUGUUGGAUUGUGGGACUCAUCGGUGUGGAGAGACUUGCCAUGAGGGCGAUUGCCCACCGUGCCGGGCUUGGGGGGUUUACAGGUGCCAAUGUGGGAAGGUGGAGGAGAAGAGAGAGUGUUGUGAUCGCAAUUUCCAAUGUGAAGUCCCGUGCCAGAGGUUGUUGGGUUGUGAGAAGCAUUUGUGCAGCAGAGGGUGUCAUUGGGGCGAGUGUGGUGAAUGUCCGCUUCAAGGGAAGCGAACAUGCCCGUGUGGGAAGAGGGCCUAUGAAGGGAUUGCUUGCGACGUUCCAUUGCCACUUUGUGGAGCAACUUGUGAUAAGAUGUUGAGUUGUGGCUUCCACAGGUGCCCGGAGCGGUGUCACAGGGGACCUUGCAUUGAGACUUGCAGAGUUGUUGUCACCAAAUCGUGCCGGUGUGGGAGCUUGAGGAAAGAGGUUCCUUGUCAUCAAGAUUUGGCAUGUGAGAGGAAGUGUCAGAGAGUACGAGAUUGUGGGCGCCAUGCUUGUAAGAGGCGCUGUUGUGAUGGGGACUGCCCGCCUUGUUCAGAGAUUUGUGAUAGAAGGCUUCGGUGUAAGAAUCACAAAUGUCCUGCUCCAUGCCAUAGAGGUGUUUGUGCUCCUUGCCCAGUGAUGGUGACGAUUUCAUGUGCAUGUGGGGAGACACACUUUGAGGUUCCUUGUGGUACCGAAAAAGAACAAAAGCCCCCUAGAUGUCCUAAACCAUGUUGUAUAAUUCCUUUAUGCAGGCAUGGACCAAAUUGCAAGCCACACAAAUGCCAUUAUGGAGCUUGCCCCUCAUGCCGGUUAAUUUGUGAAGAAGAAUACCCCUGUGGCCACAAUUGCAAAUUAAGGUGUCAUGGCCCGAAACCUCCUCCUAAUCCAGAAUUCACAUUGAAGCCAAAGAAAAAGAAGUCAAAACAUCACAGUGAAUGUAUACCGGGCUCACCGUGUCCUCCUUGCCCAGAACUAGUGUGGAGGUCAUGUGUUGGUGAACACGUGGGAGAAGAGAGGAUGAUGGUUUGCUCAAAUAUAGCAGAAUAUUCUUGCAACAAUUUGUGUGGAAAUCUUCUUCCUUGUGGCAAUCAUUAUUGUACUAAAGUUUGCCAUGCCCUCAAGAGUCAGUCUUCAUCAUUAGGCCGACAUGGGAGAGGUGAAUUCUGUGAAGAGUGUGAUCUUCCUUGCCAAAAGGAGAGACAGCCUGCAUGUCCACAUCCGUGCCCCCGGCCAUGUCAUCUUGGUGAAUGUCCUCCUUGCAAAGUGCUGAUAAGACGAUCAUGUCACUGUGGUUCCAUGGUCCAUGUUUUUGAGUGUCUAUACUACAACAGCAUGUCUGAAAAGGAACAAAUGACUGUUCGUUCAUGUGGAGGACCUUGCCAUAGAAAGCUACCCUAUUGUACACAUCUAUGCCCAGAGAUAUGUCAUCCUGGUCAAUGCCCAGCACCUGAGAAGUGCUCUGAAAAGGUUACUGUUCGUUGUGGAUGCCAAACCCUAAAAAAGGAGUGGUUGUGUCAUGAAGUUCAAGCAGCCUAUCACAGUGCCAGAAGUGAUCUGAAAGAUAUAUCUAAAAAUCAAUAUGGACUUGGACUACUUCCGUGCAAUUCAGGUUGCAGGAGUAAGGUAAAGGUUGCAGACACAGAAUUGCAACACCGCAAAUCUACAGUUUUAAAGGAUAAGGAGGCAGAUGCUGAAAAUUAUGUACCAAAACGAAGAAAAAGACGUGAACGGGCAAAAGAAGCGAAGCAAAUUUCAAGACUUCAGAAAUUUACUGCUGCCAUGUGGAGGCUGCUUCUAUUUGUUACCCUUGUGUUGGCUCUGAUUGCAGCAACAUAUUAUGGUUACAAAGGUCUGUUGUGGCUCUCUGAUUGGAUGAAUGAAGUAGAAGUACAAAGACAAAGAAGAAGAUACCCUUAAAUCUGAUCAAAAUCUCAAACUAUUUUAUACUUGAGUUGGAGUUGGGAGUUGUUUGACAUGGAGGUUAGUACAUUAAGCCCUUAUAGAAAGUGGUCCCUCACCAAAAAAAUUUCUAUCUUGUUUUAUAUUAUAUUAUUUAUUUUAUUUCUGGCUGGGCCUGUUGUGAUUACUCACUAUACAUGUUCUGGAAGAAGUUUGAAACAAUGGCGUGGACUUUGAAUUUUGAAUUUCCCAGUCUCCAUUGAAAGCUUUGUGUUUUUGACUUUUGUAUCAAAUAAUGGUUUCGUUAUUGAGAAAGGUUAUUAUUGUGAUUU